AUGACGCCAGUUCCCGAACUCCUGGAGCGCUUAACAGUAGAAGAGAAGAUUAGCCUUCUGGCAGCUACGGAUUGGUGGCGCACCCCUGUAAUUGACCGGAAUGGGGUUUAUGUACCACAAAUCAAGAUGUCUGACGGCCCGAAUGGAGCUCGCGGAGAGAGCUACGUGAGCGGAAUUACUGCUGCCUGUUUCCCAUGUUCCACAUGUGUGGGUGCUACAUUCGAUGUCUCCAGUGCCUAUCGCCUCGGUCAAGAAAUAGCAAGAGAGGCACAUACAAAAUCUGCGAAAGUACUUUUAGCCCCUACGAUGAAUAUCAUUCGAUCGCCGCUUGGGGGACGUAAUUACGAGACUUUCUCAGAGGACCCGUAUUUGAUUGGCACUCUGGCAGCAGCAUUUGUCAACGGUUGUCAAUCAGAAGGCAUUGCAGCGACCCCAAAACAUUUUGUCGCCAACGACUCAGAAAAGCGACGGACCAAGAUGACCUCUCAGAUUGAUGAGCAGACUUUGCGAGAAAUUUAUAUGCUCCCAUUUCAGCUCGUGAUGCGAGAAUCAGAUCCGUGGUGCUUCAUGACCUCGUACAAUCGUCUUAAUGGAGAGUAUUGUGCAGACAGCCAUCGCCUUCUAGAAACAAUACUUCGGAAAGAAUGGGGUUUCCGUGGUGCUGUUGUAUCAGACUGGAUGGGAACCUAUUCCACCGCUACAGCAAUCAAAGCUGGCCUCGAUCUCGAAAUGCCCGGUCCAACCAAACAGCGCGGGCAGAAGCUUUUGGACGCAAUUAAUUGUGGUGAAUUAGAGCUAGGCGAUAUCGACAAAUGCGUUAUGAGGGUGCUGGAAUUAGCCGUGAAGACUGGUUGCUUUGAAAAUCCCAAAGAGAGUCCCGAGAAGUCAGUUAUCGACGAAGACAGGCUUAAUUUCAUUACGGAUGUGGCCGCCGAAGGUAUGGUGCUGCUCAAAAACGCUGGAAAUAUCCUUCCUGUGGCCCGAUCUUCUCGCAUCGCUGUCAUUGGUGAAUUCGCAACCAACCCUAGCAUCGGCGGAGGUGGUAGCGCUAAGGUCCUUGCGCAGCAUAUUGUGUCUCCGCUAGAUGGUUUCCAGCUACGUGGGAUAAACUGUCAGUACUCGGCAGGAGUUCCUGUGUCUCCAACCCUUCCACAUAUUCCUACAGGUUCCUCGGUUCACCUCGAAUGGUUCAAUGGUUCCGUUAUAGGCAUGAACAGGGUGCACGAGCAAGACAUCAGUAAUGCCGAGUACAUGAUCAAAGAAGCUUGGCCUACGUAUCUCGACGAAAACUACUGCACUCUGAUGAGGUUCUCGCUCACACCAGGAUCUACUGGAGAUCAUAUGUUUUCAGUAAUUACUACUGGCGAGGCGAGGGUUUUCUUGAAUGGUACAGAGAUCUUCCACAGGCCCCAAGAACAAGACCUAAUGCUUGAGUCAUUCUACUUUUACAAAUCCAAGAUAGAACGCCGAUUCAGUACUUCAAUGAUCCAAGGUCAGACCUAUGAAGUAGAGGUCCAUUCUUGGGCAACGGAUCCUAGCGUCCUUGCACGAAUAAACGGACGAAUGUUCCAAGGAUCAUCGCUACGUUUUAGGGAAUAUGUCGACAUACCGAAGGCAAUAGAAGAGGCGGCAGACACCGCAGCGAAUGUGGAUUAUGCACUAGUAUUCGUUGGAAACACGAAUGAAAUUGAGUCGGAAGGUUAUGAUCGGGAUACGAUGGAUCUCAGUCAUGACCAAUACCGUUUGAUCGCAGCUGUUACUGCACGCAAUCCGAAAACAGUGGUCAUCAACUUCUCUGGGUCUCCAGUCACUGUUUCACCUUUCAUUGAACAAGUCCCUGCCUUCUUGCAGAGCUGGUUCCCGGGCCAAGAAUGUGGCCAUAGUGUUGCGAAAGUCGUACUUGGCGAGGUAAAUCCUUCUGGACGAUUGCCACUUUCCUGGCCGAAGAAGAACGAGGAUAACCCAGCCUACGGAAAUUUCCCUUGCGACGACAAUGAUGUUCUUGUCUACGAGGAAGGACUCAAGGUCGGAUACCGGUAUUAUGAUGAUGCCACAGCCCCAGAGCCACAGUUUCACUUUGGAUCAGGCCUAUCAUAUACAAACUUUACACUAUCUCAUUUGCAGAUCGAAAGUAAGACAUUCAAAGCUCCUGAAGAUGUCAAAGUCAAAAUUACAUGCGACCUGACCAACACUGGUCCUAGGGAUGGGAAGCAAGUUGUGCAGAUAUACGUUGGUCCCAGGAGAAACACCUCACGACCUAUCAAAGAACUCAAGGCAUUUACUAAAGUUUUUGUAAAGGCUGGAACGAAACGAAGUGUCUCCGUGGAUCUCACUAAAUAUGCGUUCAGCUCGUACAACACUGCUGCAGGGAAAUGGCAACUGAACGCAGGUGACUACUGCAUUUACGCUUCUUUCUCUGCGAAGAUACACGAACAGGUUGUUCAGAUACAUGUUCCGGAGACACAGUUCUGGACCGGCGUCUAA